CCCCACACUUCUUUAUUCCAACUACUUCAAACUACAAACAGAACAUCUUUUUCAUCCUCAAAAUAUAUCUUUCUCCUUCUCAUUCACCAAUUAAAGCCAUGAACAAGAUUCAGAAAUCUCAAGUUCUAGUACUCUUUGUUCUAGUUCUUCUUGUUAUCACACCCUUUUUACCUUCCUCCCUAAGGCCUACCUUCUUGUACUUCAUCUUGAACUUCACCAUCAUUGCACUGGGUGCUGAAGCUGGCCUCCUUUCAGUUUUUUCCAGCUCUUUAGAACACAGGAAUGAAUCUGAAUCCUCUUCUGAGAAAAAAGAAGCUUCCACCACAGAACAUGUUAAAAAGGAGCUGAAGGGUGUUGAAAACUCUGCAGCACCCCAGAGCCAGAGGAUUGUUUUUGUCAGAAAAAUGAACAAUGUGGUUCAAAAUUGUCCUUCAAGGCCAGAAGCCUUAUUUACUGAGAAAAUAGAAGCUCCCAUCACCACUUGUGUAAAUGGAACCUCAGAAAUUGUCAAAGAAGAGCUUAAGGCUGUUGAAAAGUCUGCAGUAUCCCAGAGGGAUGUUUGUGUCACCAUAGUGGAGAAGGUGCAAAAGUGUCUUUCAAGGCCUAGCCUUUUCUUCAUUGGAGGUGGAGAAGCUGAUGCAGAAACCAUGGAUGAAGAAGAACAUGAGGCAGAAGAGGAGAUUGGGGGAGUUUUGGGGCAAGAGUUGUUUGCAAAAGCUGAGGCCUUCAUUGGGAACUUCUACAAACAAUUGAAGAUGCAGAGAGAGGAGUCUUCCAUUCAUCAGAAAUCCUUUUAGUGUCAAAAUAGAAACGGGUGGUAUCUGUUUGAUUGGAUCAGUAUUAAAAAUAUAAAGUAGUAGUUCUUCUACAAUUAGUUUGGUUGCUUUACUAUUUUUCUGAAGUCAUGUGAUGAUUGAUCAAGUGACCAAUUUGAGGAAUAUUUUAGCAUGGAAAUGCUUUAAUGUCAAACAUAAUACUAAGAAAAUAACAUUUCAUAUAUGAUUUAAGUA